GUCGACCAGCGCCCGACGUACGCAGUUGAGCAGCAUAUAAUUUGCAUUCUCUUGAGUUCCUAUCAUUCACUUUGUGUUGACUAUCCAAUUAAAUAACCAAACACAAUGAUUUUGAAGCUAAUUAUAUUUAUAACUGGACUGAGUGCUGCGCUCUCUGUUAAUUUUUUUAGAAAGGAUUACACCUACAUUGAAGAACGCGAUGCUUUUUAUAAGCUUAUAUGGUCUGAAGAAGGAAACUCCUUCGAAGAGGCUGUGAAUGCUUGCGAUAAUGAUGGAUCGCAAUUAUUUUACCCAAAAGAUCACAGCGAAUGGCGAGUUAUAAACAAUCUUGUAAAAGCUAUGCCUCAGACGCCUAAUACUACAGACGUCUUACUAGGCAUUCGUGACGAAGUCGGCAACGGAUAUUAUACCACUCUUGAUGGUCAUUUUGUAACAAUAAAUAUACAAGGUGAUGCAUUGCCCCUGGACUGCGUCAUAUUGGAUGUGAAUACUGGUGAAUUACGUACCACUUUUUGCGAAGAUGGGAUUGAACCCAGACUUUUCGUUUGUAAGAAAAUGGACAGUUCACCCUGCCCUACCGUCGACGAAGGCUAUAAAUAUUAUGAAGACAACAAAAAAUGUUAUAAAGUCAACCCAAGAAGAAAAUCGUGGAAGGAUGCAUUGCAAACGUGUUACAUGGAAGGAGGUCUUCUAGUAGUUGUAGAAAGCGACACGGAGGCCGGUAUAAUCAAGAAUCUAUUACCAAAAUUAGGCGAAAAACGAAAAGAAAUAUUCCAUUCGGGUUUUCGGAAAGUCUCUGACAGAUAUUAUACUUUAAAAGGUAAAAAGAUAGAAGACUCUUACAGUAAAUUGUAUGAAAAUGGCCAUCUACCAACGUUAAGCUGCGGAGCCAUAAGUACACAAUAUCAUGAAUAUAGUAAUGAUAUUGAUUUGCUAAUUAGUUCUACUAAUUGUGAAGACCAUAACCCUUUCAUCUGUGAAAUAGAAGCUAGAUUCUAACCUGGACCUUUUGUUCCUAAAUAAACUUAAAAGUUUCUAUUCUUGCAGCGCAGAUAAAGAAAUAUUUAGCACGUGUAGUAUAAGUGGGAAAAGGAUUUAUAGGGUUAAUUUUAAAAUACUAACAACCUCCGAGGACAAUAUUAAAAACAUCAUAAACAACAACUUUUAUUCCAUGUCUUUAAAUUAUUCAUCAGAUUUUACUUUCAUGUAAAAAUAAAUAACUCUAAACGCUAAUAACUCUGUGCAGGGAUGGGAGUCGUCGCGCACGACGCUUUGAACUCAUUUUGCCAAAUACAGAGCUAUAGAAUGUCAGAUAGUACAACAAAAACUUAAGUUUAUUUUUGGUAAAUUUAUUAUGUUUUUAAAAAACUCAUGAAACUAAAGUUGU